AUGACUUUUGUUUUUGGGUUGUUUGCACCAGCAGGACCAGGUACAAUCUGGAAGAAAAGAAGUCCUGAAGAUGACACGGAAGUGCAAGCCUAUCACAUGUUGAUGACAGACAGCAUGAGAGACAUGGUUCCUAGGUUUUACCGUGAUGUGGAGUAUGAAGGAGAGAAUUUUAUAGAAAUGGAAGAUCUGCUAUACAAUUUUCGAGACCCCGCAAUAAUGGAUAUCAAAAUGGGAACAAGAACCUUUCUUGAAACUGAAGUACAAAACAGCAAAGCAAGAACAGACUUGUAUGAGAAAAUGAUCAAAGUAGACCCAAAUUCUCCGUCUUUGGAAGAACGAGAAGCAGGUGCUGUAACAAAGCUAAGAUACAUGCAGUUCCGAGAAGCUCUUAGUUCCUCUUCAAAUUUGGGCUUUAGGAUAGAAGGCUUUAAGGCUGAAGGCAAAGCUCCUAUGAAGAACCUGAAAUCAGUAAAAACAGAAGAAGAAGUCAAGAACAUUUUUAUCAUGUUUUUUGGAGAGAACCUAGUGCUUUAUGAGAUGAUCCUAGAAAGGCUUAAGUUGCUAAGAUCAAAGUUUGAAAAGUCUCCCUUCUUUCAAACUCAUGAGGUGAUAGGCAGCAGUUUGUUAAUAAUCCAUGAUGGAAGAAAAACUAAUGCUUGGAUGAUUGACUUUGCCAAAACCAAACCUGUCCCCAGAGGCUUUUGUAUAGGUCAUUUUAGUCAGUGGGUUCUUGGAAAUCAUGAAGAUGGUUACCUGUUUGGUCUCAAUAACCUUAUAUCUAUUUUGGAAACCAUUACUGCCAGUAGGUGUUCGUCAACCUGACUUGCAGCUUCUAACAGAAAUGACCGUCCCAGUCUUGGACUAUAAAACCUGCUAAUCAGGAAACCAUGCGGAUAUUAGCUAGCAUGUACAGCUACAGUCAGUGAUGCUGUUCAAGCAAGUUGGCAGUUUGUAAAUACAGAAGUUGGUUGUCAAGGGUGUGGGCCAAUAUUUUCUGCAGUUAGAGGUAUACUGUAUUCAAGUAUGGGAUGUUGGAUGAAUAAAAACAAGCAAACAUUAAUACCAAUUUCGUUUAUAUUAUUGGAUAUUUGUUAUGGUAUACAGAUUAUGGUAGGUCAUGAAUUAAAGUUGAAGUUAGUGAAUUUAGCAGCAAUUGAUGGGAUAUUUUCUGAAGAGCAGCUUGGUUAGAGGAAGAAACAUGCACAUUUUGUGGUUUUUGUGAUUAUUGUAUUACUUUAAAAAAAUUGUUAAAUACUUUCUCGGUGUAUUUUUAUUCGUAGUACAUUGCUGUAUUGUUUACUAACGUCAUUAUUUUAAUAUAUUUAUCCGUAGUCAUCUUUAAUGAACUACUUGAAAAUUCAAAUCUGACUUUACAAAUCAGUAGUGAUCUUAAAAAAAAUAAUUAAUAAUAGGUUAGUGUGUUUUGAUCACUGAAUAUUACAACCAUUUUAAGAGUCCUGUUUUUCUUAACUAAAUUGUUAGUCAAAUAUCACAAAACAUACUUCGUACUUAAGGUACCUUUUUAGAGUGUUUUAGCUACCUCAAAACCAAACAUACUUAUUUAUGUGUCAUUUUUCCUGCACACCCUAGCGUGUUGGUAAAUUUUUUUGUGAUUUCCUUCUUUUUAAGAGCAUUUCUAAAAAAGAAAAAGGUGUUUAGGACUAGACUUUUCAUGAAAGAUAAACUGUUAAUCAAUAUGGUAAUUGCUAUUAGUUAUUAUUAGCAUAGCAUAAUAACUAUUAAUAGUUGAUCUGUAGAAUAAUUGCAACAUUACAAUUUUGAGAAUUUUGUAAGGACCAUGCCGAAUAUAUAAAGUGUAUUUUCUGAGUCCAUGGAAUUUGUAUUUAAAAAAAAAAAUGGGGGACACUUGAAAAAUAUAAUGUGUAAAUGGUGUGUUAUUAUAUAACUAAACAAAAUUAAAUGUUCACCUUCCAUUUUUUCAGAGUAGGAUUAUAAUGAUUAAAGUAGUGAUACUCGAUCUAUCUAUAAAAUAAAUUAUGAAGAAGAACACUCAAUUGUUACUUUAUUCCAUAAUGUCACUGCUGGCUUUGGAGCUAGAUGCUAAACCUACAAAAACAUAAACGCUUUCAAAUGUUGUGUAAAAUAGCAACAAAUGAUAUUGUUAAAAAUCUGCCUAGAUUUUGUUUAGAGCAUAACUAAUGGUCUCUAUAAAUUCAUUAAUAAUGACAAACAUCAAUAAACACGCAAACUGGUGAUGUUAUGUAAUGGAAUUGUUGUUUUUAGUUCUUUAAACACAAUGUAUGUUAUGUAUAUGUGAUGUUGGACAUUAGGCUUAUAACUGUUACAAUUAUAUUAACUGGAAAAAAGUAACAUUUUUAUUGUAAGCCAAGGAAAUAGUUUUGCAUGAGAAUAUAGAGUAUUUGAAGACUUUUGUAAUUAUUUAGUAGGAUUAAAUUACAGUUUUGGUAUCAUUUGAUAUAUGAAAUAGGAGAUUUGUUGUUUUUUCUACUUAAAAUUAUGAUGUUUGUGUUGAAGCAACUUGCACUUGUUGAAUAUGAAUAUUCAAUGACAUAUUUUUCUCUAGUAUUUGUUUCUGACCUAUAAUUUUGUUUGUUGUACAGCGCAAAGCUAAACGAUUGUGUUGUUCCCACUGUGCGCUCUGAAACCCGACUUGUAGCAUUAUACGCUAUCAAACUUACUGCUAAGCCAUCAGGGUACCUGAUCACUAAUAUUCAUACCUCAUGUGGCACACAAAAUACCUAGGAAAGAUAUGCAAGCUAUAGAACAGAACUGAAUUAUACGAAUGAUAUAAAGUACCAAAUUGAUAAGGAAAGUAGCUAAGGUGGUGACAUUGCCAGCAUCCCGUGACUUAUUGCUUUUACAGUCACGAUUUGGAAUUGUUUUGUUUUGUUGCAGUUGUGGCAUACUCAAAUCUAGUGUGAUACAUGUUGAUUCCAGUGUUUAUUAUAUACAAGUUCAUAAAAAAAAACAUUAAAAAAAAGAUGGAAGUGUGAAUAAACAGGCACUUGACAAUAACAGGACUAAUAUCAGUGUUCUUAAGCCUAGCAGUGGUACUACAUAGGUUGGGUAUACUUGGAGGGGUAAAGGUCAAAAAGGUUAGGAACCAGUUCAAGCAUGCCUUUUAAUAGCCCAAUAUAAUUAUGUUCAUGAACAAAGUCUUAAUUAAUUUAAAAUAUUAUUCUUUAAGGGUUGUCUUCCAGCAGUUUAUUGGAUGAGUGUUGUACUUUUUUGUUAGUGUUAUUAUAUCAUAAAUAACUUAAAAGUAGUAAGAUGUAAGUUCUAAAAAUACAUUUCUAUUUCAUGUAAUUGUUAGUAAUGGCUAGUCUUCAUACUUGCAAAAUCCCCCACAAAUAGUAGAGUAUAUUUGUAACACCACUUGCUAAAAUAUUAAACAUUAAAAUAACGAAUGUAUCUUAACUGUCAGUCGGAUUCCGUUUACUGUAAAACAAAGAUAUCACUUGUCAUUUCUUCUGCUUUAGGUUGACUUCCAGUUAUAUUUGGUCUUGGCUUAGUGUGCCCUGAUAUUUCUGUAAUUUUUAUUGUUUGUGCGAUAAUUUUUUUUCCACAUGAUGAUAGCUAUGAGAUGAAGUUUCAGAAUUGUUGUUUAAUUAAUGUCAUUUUAAGUGCAAGUACUGAUUUAGAGUAAGUAGUUUUCUGUGGACUUUAUUGUUAUUAACUCACUCAUGGACCGAAAAAAAAGUUUUAACCCCUUAGACAUCAACACAACAAAAGUGAAUGAAAUACCUCAGCAUUUACAGAUUAAAACCUACUUAGCUACAGUAUUCAUUAUUUGAUGCUUAACUUUUGAAAGAUACACACUAGAGCUGUAGAAGACUAGGAGUGCCUGAAUAGUUUAUUCUUAAUAAUGUGUACUUGUAUUUCAGAUUUCUAUUUCAGUGUAUAUACUGUGUAUUGUAUUUAUUACACUGUAAUAAUAAACAUUUUCAUGUA